AUGGCCACAGCCAUUUCCAUGCGUAGAUUGUCCUGGCUAGCAACAGCGGGAAUCCCCAAAGAGCUGCAAGGCAAGGUGGAGGACCUUCACUUUGACAAACACAAGCUGUUCUCGGAGAAAACAGAUGAAAUCCUCCACUCUGGGAAAGAUUCUCAUACAACCUUACACGCUUUGGGGACGUACACCACUCCGUUCAGGCACAAGCGGUAUUAUCCAUACCAGAGGAGAUAUGACCACCAGUAUCAGAGGCAACAGCAGUGCCCAUAUGAGCAGACAUGUCCAAAACAGCGAUCCCAGCACAGACGGCCUCAGCCUGUACAAACAAAUAAGCCAUCAUUCGCAAAGCAACAGGCAUCAGAGGUGGAGAGACAGCUCUCAAUGAAGGUCCAUACCUUGCAAGAGGACUUCCGGGAGAAGAACUCAUCAAGCAGUCAACAUAUAGUACGACUCGAAAGUCUCCAGGCUGAGAAAUUCCAGAAGCAGGAGCUGGAGUGUUGCCUUAGUGCCAUGAUGGAGGAAAAUGAUCUGCUUCAGAGCACUGUGGAGGAACUGCAGGAGCGAGUGCUGGUCCUGGAGAGACAAAGCCAUGAUAAGGAUCUGCAGCUGCAUCAAAGUCAACUGGAGCUCCAGGAGGUGCGGCUGUCCUAUCGGCAACUCCAGGGAAAGGUAGAAGAGCUUAGCGAGGAGAGAAGUCUCCAAAGUUUUAACACAACCAGCACAUCCUUGCUAUCUGAAAUUGAGCAGAGCAUGGAGGCAGAAGAGCAGGAACAGGAGAGAGAACAACUGAGACUGCAGCUCUGGGAGGCCUAUUGCCAAAUCAGAUAUCUCUGUUCUCAUCUCAGAGGAAAUGACAGCGCGGACUCUGCAGUCUCCACAGACUCCUCCAUGGAUGAGUCUUCAGAAACCUCAUCAGCCAAAGAUGUCCCUGCUGGCAGUCUACGAGCCGGUCUCAAUGAGCUGAAGAGACUGAUUCAAAGUGUUCUGGAUGGUCCAGACUCCACGAGUUCUCGGAGAAGUGAUGAUGAUGCCUUAGAAGAACAGAUCAAGCAAACAAGUGAGGACUCAAGAGUCUUGAGGGAAUUAAUGGAGGGAGAAAGAGGGAAGCUGAGGCAGAGCCUAGAGGAGCUGCAGAGACUUCACAGCCAGGUGACGCUGCUCAGUGUGGAGAUGACUGUGCUGAAAGAGGAAAGAGACAGGCUCCGAGGAUCAGCAGAAGAUAAAGAGACAAAUGAACAGCUUCUGAAGGCCAUCAGGGAUCGAGAUGAAGCCAUUGCUAAGAAGAAUGCAGUGGAAAUGGAACUAGCCAAGUGUAAGAUGGACAUGAUGUCUCUGAACAGCCAGCUGCUGGAUGCUAUUCAACAGAAACUGAACCUCUCACAGCAGCUGGAGGCAUGGCAGGAUGACAUGCACAGGGUCAUUGACCAGCAGCUGAUGGACAAACAUCUGAAGGAAUGGAGCCAGCCUGCUUAUUCCUUCUCCAAUGGCUACAGCCCGUGUUCAGGCCGGAGCAGCAGGGGGAUGAGCCCAUUGGGGCAGAAAGGAACCAUCUCUUUUCCUUUUUCAAGAAAAAUUAAUGUGAAAGGAGAAACCUUUCCAAUUAUUUCAGCUUAG